UAACGGGCUGCUGGGGUCCCCGCAGCUCGAGUCCGGCAGACUUGCAAGAGGAGUUGGGGAGUGGAGGAACUGCACACCUACGGCCGCCGGAGCGUGAGCGCGAUCCUAACCGAGUCAUGUGGCUGGAACUCCUCCUGGCCUCGGUGCUGGGCCUUGUCAUCUACCGGUUUGUCUCCCGGGACAAGGAGGAAACUUUACCACUCGGAGAUGGCUGGUGGGGCCCAGGGUCAAAGCCCUCAGCCAGAGAAGACGAGAGCAUCCGACCUUUCAAGGUGGAAACAUCAGAUGAGGAGAUCAAGGACUUACACCACAGGAUCGAUAGGUUCCGGGCAUCCCCACCUUUGGAGGGCAGUCGCUUCCACUAUGGCUUCAACUCCAGCUACAUGAAGAAAGUGGUGUCCUACUGGAGGAACGAGUUUGACUGGAGGAAGCAGGUGGAGAUCCUCAACCAGUACCCUCACUUCAAGACCAAGAUUGAAGGGCUGGACAUCCACUUCAUCCACGUGAAGCCUCCCCAGCUGCCCUCAGGCCGCACCCCAAAGCCCUUACUGAUGGUGCAUGGCUGGCCUGGCUCCUUCUAUGAGUUUUACAAGAUCAUCCCGCUGCUGACUGACCCCAAGGCCCACGGCCUGAGUGACGAGCACGUGUUUGAAGUCAUCUGCCCCUCCAUUCCUGGCUAUGGCUUCUCAGAGGCAGCUAGCAAGAAAGGCUUCAAUACGGUGGCCACCGCCCGGAUCUUCUACAAGCUGAUGUCGCGACUGGGCUUCCAGAAAUUCUACAUUCAAGGAGGGGACUGGGGGUCCCUCAUCUGCACCAACAUGGCCCAGAUGGUUCCCAACCACGUGAAAGGCCUGCACUUGAACAUGGCUUUCAUUUCAAGAAGCAUCUACACCCUGACCCCUCUCCUGGGCCAGAGCUUCGGGAGAUUUCUUGGCUACACUGAAAGGGAUAUCGAGCUGCUGUACCCCUUCAAGGAGAAGGUUUUCAACAGCAUCAUGAGGGAGAGUGGCUACCUACACAUCCAGGCCACCAAGCCAGACACCGUGGGCUGUGCUCUGAACGACUCGCCCGUGGGCCUGGCUGCCUACAUCUUAGAAAAGUUCUCCACCUGGACCAAGUCAGAAUACCGUGACCUGGAGGACGGAGGCCUGGAGAGGAAGUUCUCCCUGGAAGAUCUGCUGACCAACAUCAUGAUCUACUGGACAACAGGAACCAUUGUCUCCUCCCAGCGCUUCUACAAGGAGAACAUGGGCCAGGGCAUCAUGGUCCAUAGGCAUGAAGGGAUGAAGGUCUUUGUGCCCACCGGCUAUUCUGCCUUCCCUUCUGAGAUACUGCAUGCUCCAGAAAAGUGGGUGAAGGUCAAGUACCCCAAGCUCAUCUCCUACUCCUACAUGGAGCGUGGGGGCCACUUUGCUGCCUUUGAAGAGCCCAAGCUUCUGGCCCAGGACAUCCGCAAGUUCGUGUCCCUGGCUGAGCUGCAGUGAUGAUACUAGCUUCCAACCAUGGCUUUAGCAGCAGCCCUGGUUCCCCUGGAGGCACAUUGAGGAGAGAUGACCCCAUUCUAAGGAAUGUUUGCUUCUGUCCUCUGACCACCCUGGGGGUCCACACUUAACCCCCACCCAGAGUCCCCUCUCACCAUUCCAUAUGCAUCACCCCACUGCACACCAGGGUUAAGCUUUGAUGAUAAAUGGUUUUAUUUCUAAGAGUG